AGGAAAGUGGUAAAAAUAUUUUCUUUUCUCUUUUUUUUUUCCCUAUUAAUUUUAACUCCAUUACCAACUCAAUUAAGUCUUUUUGUCCAUUGCCCACUUAUAUCCUCUCUCUCUCUCUCUCUCUCUCUCAGCUUCAUCUGCAAGCUGUUGAAGUUUACUUCUCUGGCACAGGCAUGGGAGGAACUGGAGAAAAGGUUGUGCUCUGUGUUUUUAAGGCUGUAAACUUGUAAGAAAUUCAGACAAGAAAAGUUCCAUUUUAGAGUCAUUACAAUGCCAGUUCCUCUUGCUCCUUAUCCAACGGCUCCAGCUCCUUACUCCCAACCUGCCAAUGGUGCUCAGAGCCAGCUUGUUUGCUCUGGAUGUCGAAAUCUUUUACUCUACCCGGUUGGAGCAACCUCUGUGUGCUGCGCCAUAUGCAAUGCAGUCACAGCUGUGCCACCUCCAGGAACAGAAAUGGCACAGCUGGUUUGUGGAGGUUGCCACACCUUACUCAUGUACAUCCGCGGAGCAACUAGUGUACAAUGUUCUUGUUGUCACACCAUCAAUCUAGCUCUCGAAGCAAAUCAAGUGGCACACGUCAAUUGUGGAAACUGCAGGAUGCUAUUGAUGUACCAAUAUGGAGCACGAUCAGUGAAAUGUGCUGUUUGCAAUUUUGUGACAUCAGUUGGGGCCUCAACAAGCACUGCUGAACAGAAGUUCAACAGCUGAAGUUAAUUAUUACAAGCCUUAAGUCAGCGAUUACAGAUUCCACAAACUUCAGUUUUGCAUACUAUUAUGGUAUCUCCGGAGACUGCAUUCGCAGGCGAAGCAGAGGAAAUUACCUACAUUAAUUCACAUGUAUAGAGUUACUUUUCUCCCAUUUGCGUGACACUUUUUUCGUUGUGAAUAAGAAGUUUUGGCAUACUAAAUGUAUGUGAAGCAUUGUUGUGUGAAGAGAUUUAUAGGUUGUGCUUGUGAGUGCAUUUUGGAAUUUUUGUUUUUUUGGGAUGAGAUUUUCAUUUUCUUUUACUUUGGCAUGUGUGUGAGAUAAGCUUCAAGAUUCAAGCACAAGAGAAAGAGUUAUUGAA